AAUCAAUCGUUUAGCUGAAAAUGAAUUAGCACGAUUAUUACGACAGUUUCGUAUAUUAGAAAAUGAUCGUAUUGCAUUCGGUGAAGAAUCCAAUCCAAAAUUAAAAUUAGAACGACAAUUAAUUGACUGUCUGGAAGAAGAAAAAAAGAAUUUAGAAAUUGAUUUAAAAGUUGUCCAAUCCAAACGAAAUAAAAAACGUGAUCAAAUCGUUACAAAAGAAUUAAGUGAAUUAUUAGCGGAACAAGAGAAAUUAGAGAAAGCAAUUAAAAAUGAAAAAGCACAUGUUACAGAAAUGGAUUAUCAAAUAAAGAAAAUUAAUACACAAAUACGUGAUACUUCAGGGAAAACCGUACCGGAUCGUCAAUUAGAAGAACGGAUACAAUUAUCAAUGCGUACCGUGGAAAAAUUAGAAAAUCAAUUAGAUGUUGCAAUCAAAAAAUUUAAUUCGGUAUUAGCUGAUAAUGAUAAAAUUCGUGAAGAAAUUGAUCAUUUAAUCAAAGAACGUGCUCAUUUCAACUCCUUAUGGAACAAAAUGGUGAUAAAUUUAACGAAAGGAAAAAAAUUCAUGAUGGAUCUUGUCGAACAAGCAACCAUGUCUUACGAUCAACGUGACGAAUGGUGUGGUAAAUUAGAAGCAUUAAAAGAACGUGGUAAAGCCGAUCUGCUACAGCAUACACAAGAGAUGCGUGAAUUACAACGUAAUCUUGAUCAUGAUAACAAGUUGAAAGAAUAUCUAAGUAUAAAAGGACAAAAACGUGUUAUGCAAGAUUUAAAUGUUCAUGAAGAGGAAAAACGUCAAGCACGACGUGAUGAAAUGGAAAAACAUUUACAUGAAUAUCAACGGAUUUUCGAUGAGAUUAAAGCAUUCGCACAGGAGGAUAAUAUUGAACGAUUAGCGUCACAAUUUAUUAAGCAAGAAGAAGAAAAUUUUGCAUUGUUUAAGUAUGUUAAUGAAUUGAAUUUCGAAUUGGAAACGUUAAAUGAUAGUGUUGAUGAUUAUCGCAAGAAAAUUGAGGUGCAACGGGAAAUCAAUGAGCAAAGAGCCAAUCAACAAAAAAUUCGUAUGCUGCAACUUGCUGAAGAACUUGAAGAAGCUAAAAAUCAUGUUGAAGAAUCCGAAAAAAAACUGGAAGAUUUCCAAGAAAAAUUAAAACGUACACUUGAGGAAAUCCAAAAAAUAUUUCAAAUGGUUAAAGCUGAUAAUUCACCAAUUCUUGAGUUACUUGGUGAUAAUGCAAGUGUUAACAUUUUUAAUGUUCGUUUAUAUCUGGAAAUAUUGGAGAAACGAACGAAUGAAUUAAUUCAAGUGUCAUACUACAAAGACAAAAUGAUGAAAGACGAAUCAGGCACACCAACUCGUAGACGUCAUUCUAGAAGACAUUCUGCCGGAUUCAUAAAAUUAAUUCAUGAACCUUGUGGUCACAAAUGUAAAGUCACAAAUAUUGACAAGAUUGUCCUUAAUCAACCAUGCCCAUUAUGUGUUGAACGUGAAAUUGUCAGUGAUGUUAUUGAAGAACUACAAGUACCAGAUAAUCGUCAAGAAAUACAAGAACGUCUUCGAAUUCGAUUAGGAUUGCCCGAUGCAGAAGAUCGUUUACAUAAUGUAUCUGCGUGUAAAUUACCUGCAUCACGAGUGCUACUACAAAAACGUUAUGCAUAAGAAAUAAGCACCUCUUGUUU